AUGGCUUGGCUCUGGUGGCUGCUGUGGUUGGCUCUGGCUCAGGGCCAAGAUUCAAUAGACUGCGAUGAGCUGGAACCCGAGGCCCUGGAGUUGUCCCUGCUCCAACUGGGGCAGCGCCUGGGCCGCGUGGCAACGGCAGGAGCAGUUGAGCCUGUGCAUCCACAACAGGAGCCCAAGGACACCUCCUGCACCGGCGCCUUCCAUGUCUGCACGUUGGCAGAGCGCCACACUUGUGCGUACAUCCCGGGCUGCCACUGGCACCGCGAGACCGCCUACGGAGGCUGGUGCACGGAGAAUGGUGCGAAGGCCAGCGAGGGCUCCAAGGAAGCCAAGGAAGCCAAGGGCGCCAAGAGCGCCAAGAGCGCCAAGGGCGCCAAGGGCGCCAAGGCCAAGUCCCCUCACUGCGCCACCAUGGACGGCCCCCGCUGCGCCGCCGAGCCCGCCUGUCGUUGGGAGAAGAGCUGGAUCGAUGCCGGCUGUCGAGGAGAUGGGAGCCGCUGGCAGAACCCAGGCUGCAGCUUCACCAACGAUGCCGAGGCAUGCAUGUUCAUGCCGGGAUGCAACUGGAGGGGCCGCAGCUCCUACGGUGGCUGGUGCUCCAGCAAAGGUGACUCUAACGAGGCAGGCAAAGCCUGUGCUUUUGAGACGACGCAGAGUGCUUGCACACAGCACGGCUGCAUCUGGACGGUGUCAGCAUGA